AUGGCCUGGACCAGCAAUACCUCCUGGUUUAACCAUCUGGCGCUGCAUGAAGAACGCUUCAGGAGGUACCUGAACAGCACCGAGGAUUACUUAGCCUUCCUAUGUGGGCCCAAAAGGAGUCAUCUCUUCUUGCCCGUGGCUUUGGUGUACACCUUGAUCUUCAUUGUUGGGGUGGUAGGUAACUUCUUAGUUUGCCUAGUAAUCCUUAAGCACCGGAACAUGAAGACACCAACCAAUUACUACCUCUUCAGCCUUGCUGUCUCAGACCUGCUUGUGCUGCUUUUCGGGAUGCCCCUGGAAGUCUACGAGAUGUGGAGCAACUACCCCUUCUUGUUCGGGCCCAUUGGCUGCUAUUUCAAGACAGCGCUCUUUGAGACAGUGUGCUUCGCCUCCAUCCUCAGCGUGACCACGGUCAGCGUGGAGAGAUACGUUGCCAUCCUCCAUCCCUUCCGUGCCAAGCUGGAGAGCACCCGCAAGCGUGCCCUGAGGACCAUCGUGGUGCUCUGGGUCCUCUCCGUCCUCUUCGCCCUCCCCAACACGGGCACCCACGGCAUCAUGCUGCAGUAUUUCCCCAACGGCACCCUGGUCCCUGGCUCUGCUACCUGCACCGUAGUCAUGCCCAUGUGGAUCUACAACUGCAUCGUCCAGAUCACGUCCUUUCUCUUCUAUGUGCUGCCCAUGGGGGUCAUAAGUGUGCUGUACUAUCUGAUGGGGCUAAGAUUGAAAGGAGACAAAUCUCUGGAAGCGGAGGAAAUGUCUGUGAAUGUCCAGAGACCAUCCAGAAAAUCAGUCACCAAGAUGCUGUUUGUCCUCGUGAUGGUUUUUGCCGUCUGCUGGGCCCCGUUCCAUAUCGAUCGGCUCUUCUUCAGCUUUGUGGUGGAAUGGACUGAGCCUCUGGCUAAUAUAUUCAACUUAAUUCACGUGGUGUCAGGUGUUUUCUUCUACCUGAGCUCUGCCGUGAACCCCAUCAUCUACAACCUGCUGUCUCAGCGCUUCAGGCUGGCUUUUCUCAGCGUCAUCUCUCCUCGCUGCAGGCACUGGGCCCCUAAGCACCCCACCAGCCAGAUUCCUGCCCAGCAGAGCAUCUUUGUGGUUGAGGACCACAACCUCGCAGACUCUGCUGAAGACACAAGCGUCCCUGGCACCCACAGGACCUCUGUCAGCAGUUCUCAGCUCUCCACCGGCCUGUGA